AGAAUAAGCCCCCCAAGCCAAGGAAAUCAGAGAGAAGAGAAAGAGAAGAGAAGAGAAGAGAAUAAGAACGAGAGAAGAUCGUUGAUUUCCAAAACGCAAGCUUUGUUGUUCAAUUUCAAUCCCCUCUUUCUUUAGAAUCCACAGAGGGCAAAAUAAUUAAGAAAAUUAACUAUAACCAAUCAUACCUCCAGAGUCUCCAAACCAAUUCUCCCUCUCUCUCUCUCUCUAGAUCUGCCUUUAUUACAAACCCUUUUUUACCUAUUCAUACAUUCUAAGUCCUUCCAUUCUCCACUAAAUCCUUCAAAUUUUUGGGCUUUUUUCAUUUUAAGCCCUUUGAUUGAAGGAUUUUGCAAUUUUGUUCCCUCCCCCCCCCCCCCCCCCCUUUUUUUUUGAGAAUGGCAAGAUUGGGGGUCUCUGAAGUUUGAUUUUCGCGAUGUACCAAUGAAGAUUAUACGUUCAUAAGAUUAAUGGUUUCUGCAUUUAUCAAUGUCUAUUUGAUUUCUCAAACUUCUGCUUUGGGGUUGGGAAUUCAGGAGACACUAGAAUCAAGAUUAGCUUUUGAUAGAGCUGUUGAUACUUUUUUGAAGACUGGUUGAUUUCUGGAUUAUUGGGUCGUGAAUAUGUGAGUAAUGGUAUCAAAUACAUUGAUGAGGAUUGUUGCAAACUGUUGGAAGCCUUCUAAUGAGGGUGAUAAUUCCAGUAGAGGUGGAGAUGAUAAUGGCCGGGCUGAUGGAUUGUUGUGGUACAAAGAUUCAGGACAGCAUGUAAAUGGGGAGUUCUCAAUGGCAGUAAUUCAGGCUAACAAUCUAUUAGAAGAUUGUAGCCAAAUUGAAUCAGGGCCAAUGAGCUUGCUUGAAUCGGGUCCUCAAGGCACAUUUGUCGGGAUUUAUGAUGGUCAUGGAGGUCCAGAAGCUGCUCGUUUCGUAAAUCAGCAUCUUUUUGAAAAUAUAAAGACUAUUCAUGGUGCAGAAUUUACAUCGGAGACCCAAGGAAUGUCUGCAGAUGUUAUCAACAAAGCUUUUUUAGCAACAGAAGAGGCAUUCCUCUCUCUAGUACAGCAACAGUGGGAAAUUAAGCCACAAAUUGCUUCUGUUGGUUCAUGUUGUUUGGUAGGUAUAGUGUGUGGUGGGCAUCUAUACAUUGCAAAUGCAGGGGAUUCUCGAGUGGUAUUAGGGAGAUCGGACAAGUCUGAGAAAGAGGUCAAAGCUGUUCAGCUUUCAUAUGAACACAAUGCAAGUGUAGAAUCUGUGAGAGAGGAACUGCACUCAUUGCAUCCCAAUGAUCCACAGAUUGUGGUUUUAAAACACCAGGUUUGGCGUGUGAAGGGUCUGAUUCAGAUCUCAAGAUCCAUAGGUGACGCGUAUUUAAAGAGGGCAGAAUUCAACAGAGCGCCUCUCUUGGCUAAAUUUAGAUUGCCUGAACCCUUCGAUAAACCAAUUCUUAAAGCUGAGCCAACAAUUUCAGUACAGAAACUCUAUCCUGAGGAUCAAUUUCUUAUAUUUGCAUCAGAUGGCCUAUGGGAGCACCUAAGCAAUCAGGAAGCAGUGGACAUUGUCAACAAUUACCCACGUAACGGUAUUGCAAGAAAACUUCUCAAAGCUGCACUUCGUGAAGCAGCAAAGAAAAGAGAAAUGAGAUACUCAGAUCUGAAAAAGAUUGAUCGUGGUGUGAGGAGACAUUUUCAUGAUGAUAUCACUAUUAUAAUUUUGUUCCUUGAUUCACAGUUGAUCAGUAGCAGCAUCAGCCAGGGGCCUCUGCUUUCAAUUAGAGGAGGUGGUGGAACCCCGGGAAAUUUCAAUACAUAGGUCAAGAGGUUCUUAUCUGAUGCUUAAUCCUCAUUUCUUCAUUUGUAUUAAUUUUUUUUCCCAAAGAGGAGAGUCUCAAGGAAAGAUUUUUUCUUUUUGCCCCUUUGUUUUUCUUUUCCCUAUUGUAUAGCCACGCAUCUCAGAAACUUCAACAAUUCAUGAGGAGACUUCCAUAGAUAGUAGAGUUUGAUGCCUAGACAAAAGGUGCUUCUGGAAAAAAUUAAGAAAAAAAGAAAGAAAGAAAGAAAGCCUUGGCUAAUAGCCUGGUUAUUGGCAUAUGAUACUUGAUAUGCAUUCCCCAAUUACAGCUAUAAGAAAGAAAUAGGGCCAUUGAAUUGGAAAUUCAAACCAAUGAAUAUAUAUAUUCGUUCGUUCAUUUGCUUAA